AUGAAGCUGCAUAACCCUUUACCAGAAUCUCUUGAUGUGCAAUGCACAAAAGCUGCUUCUAUUUUAGAACACUUUGCUAAAGGAACUACAAAGUUGGAUUCUACUUUUAUUCCUUUUAAAAUUCUAGAAAAGGCUCGUGGAAUUGCCAUCAUCACAAUAGUAAAAGCUGGAUUUCUUUGGUCUGGUCGUGCUGGAUCUGGCCUUGUCGUAGCCCGUCUUCCCGACGGCUCAUGGUCUGCUCCAUCUGCAAUCAUGGUUGCAGGUGCAGGCGUAGGGGCUCAAAUCGGUGCUGAAAUCACCGAUUUUGUUUUUGUUCUCAACAAUGCUGCUGCCGUACGAUCCUUUAGUCAUAGUGGUAAUCUCACUUUAGGCGGAAACAUGUCCGUUGCUGCUGGACCGACUGGUCGUACAACCGAAGCUGCUGGAAUGAUUGCCGAUCUUGCACCUAUUUACUCGUAUUCAAAAUCUAAAGGCUUGUUUGCUGGUGUGAGUCUGGAAGGUACUGUGAUCAUCACUAGAAAUGAUGCCAACAAGGCCAUGUAUGGGAAAAAAGUAAGCGCGUUGGAUCUUUUAUCAGGAAAAAUUCCCCCUCCGGUAGAAGCUGGACCUUUAUACCGCAUGCUUAGUCUCUCUCGUUUUGCAAACAUGGGCCAGUCGAAUAGUAAAAUAGAAUGUUUAAAUUCACCCCAAGGUGGUGAUGAUGCACAUGCAGAUCUAGGAUCAUCACAGUCUACCUCGAACGAUGUUGUGAGAAAAACAAGUGCGAGAAUGUUGGCAGCCGGUUCUACACUAAAACGGUCUCACGAUUCAUCUCAUCAAACCCUACCGGAAUACGCAUCUGAAGGGUCUAUAUCUCGCGUAGGUCCUGCUCCUAUUUCAUCUACUUCAUCAUCUGCAUCUAAGCUCAACGAUUCGCCAUUUAAAAGUGCCAAACCCUCGCAAAAAUCACCACCGCUUGUAAAAGCCAAACCGGAAAUGAAAAAAUCCAUUGCACUGUUCGAUUUCACUGGCCAGCGCCAAGGCGAUUUGCAGUUUCGUCAAGGUGAUAUCAUUUGGAUCAUCAAAUCUACACCUAGCCAAAACGAUUGGUGGACUGGAAGAUGCGGUAAUUCUGUAGGUGAAUUUCCAGCAAAUUACGUCAAAGUAGAGUGA